CUAAUUUACUCAGAGCACUGAAGGAAUGAGGUAAUGCAGUACUCGCAGUACCAGUAUGGAUUUACCUGCCAAUUCCCCAGAUUUCCAAGGAAAUAAUUUAUGCACUCGUAUUCAAAUAAAUCCAACUUUUGUUUUUAAAAUUCUGGAAACCACAGCGUAUAUAGUUUUCAAUCUCCACAAAACUGACUGGGCUAUCUUCAUUUAUGAUCUACAAAUUUGAUAUAGAUUAGAGUUACAUUUCGUGCGUAACCUAAAGUACAACGCGUUCUGAAUGGAUAGUUCGAUCACGUAAUGAAAGUUCUUUUGAAUGGAGAACAACCCAAAAACAUUGUCGCGGAGAAUCAUCGCUAAAAAAGAAACAUAUAAAACAAGAAACAUGAAAUGAGUUAUAUUUUAAAUGUGUCCAUUACUCUUCAUAAUAAAUUAUGCAACUGCGCCGCGAGUUGCACCAUGCGGGCUUGUUAUCAAGAAAGCAAUUGAUUUGUGUGCUCAGAACCAAGUUACGAAGCACUGCUACAAAAAGGAUGUCGCCAAUAACGUUAACAAUUCUAAACGAACACUUGAUAUCUACAGGAAAGUUCCAAAAGACCUUACACAGCCUACAUAUACAGGAGCUUUCAUUUCCAUUUGCUGCUGCAUGUUCAUGCUGUUCCUUUUCUUGUCAGAACUGACUGGGUUCAUUGCCACUGAGAUAGUGAAUGAAUUGUACGUCGAUGAUCCUGACAAAGAUAGCGGAGGAAAAAUUGAAGUAAAUCUAAAUAUCAGCUUACCUAACCUUUCAUGUGAUGUUGUUGGACUGGACAUCCAGGAUGAAAUGGGAAGACAUGAAGUUGGUCAUAUUGAUAACUCCAUGAAAUUGCCUCUAAAUAAUGGCCAAGGCUGCAGGUUUGAAGGACAAUUUAGCAUUAAUAAGGUACCAGGCAAUUUCCACGUAUCCACGCACAGUGCUACAGCACAACCAGAUAAUCCAGAUAUGACUCAUAUAAUUAACAAAUUGACAUUCGGAGAGAUAAUAGAGGUUAAAAAUGUUCAAGGUGCUUUUAAUGCUCUAGGUGGAGCAAGUAAACUUGCUUCAAAUCCUCUUGCAUCACAUGACUAUGUAUUGAAGAUAGUCCCGACUGUUUAUGAAGAUUUAAAGGAAAAGCAGCGUUUUUCCUAUCAGUAUACUGUGGCACAAAAGGAAUAUGUCGCAUACAGCCACACAGGGCGCAUUAUCCCUGCUAUCUGGUUCCGAUAUGACCUCAGCCCAAUCACUGUAAAAUAUGUUGAACGGAAACAACCAUUAUACAGGUUUAUUACAACAAUCUGUGCAAUCAUUGGAGGAACAUUUACAGUUGCUGGGAUCAUAGACUCCUGCAUUUUUACAGCAUCUGAAGCUUGGAAGAAGAUUCAGCUGGGCAAAAUGCACUAGCAGUAACAUAUACCAUUACUGAGCCAUUAACAUAUACCAUUACAGUUUGCCAGUAGCUGGUUUAAAAUAAAUUUGCAUCACUUUUUAUUUAUGUCAGUCCAUCAGUCAAGGUUAUUCAAAGUUAGUUAGAUCUCGGGCAAUUUUUUUUACAUGUGCUCAUCACAAACAGAAAAAUGUCCGAAAUGAGGUUUGCAUAUCUAAAUUGAAAAUGUUCUUGAAUGAAGAAAAAAUCAUUCUGCACUUCUCGCUUUACUAGUAGUAAAUUAUAUUUGGAAGGAAACCGGUGACGUGGUUGAAGAAAGUCUAAAGCUGAGAACUAUUUGAGAAAUACAGAAUUUGCUUAUUCUGGCUUCAGUCGAGAACAUAACACUGGACAAUGAAGAACCACCUGUUUUUUACAUUUUUACGCUUCUUUGAUUAAAGUUGGGUAUAAUUAGAAUUUUUUCUAUUUUCUUUUAACAAAGUUCAACAUACUACUUAAUCAUCAGUUGACUCGGUCUUUAGAUUUCUGAUGAUCCCAAUCCAAGAGAAAGUAAGAUUGUCAUGGAAGUGAUGGGUUAUAAAUUUCUGAACGAUUCGAUUUCUAAUAAAAUGUGUGAAAAUGCUGUAUUUGUAUUGUGUGGUAUCCUAAGGUAGCUUGUGUGCCAUGUCUUGCUUUGUGCAUAAUUGACAAACGUGCAAAGAUUAAAUGGUGUAUUGCAAAUGUUCAAAAGGGCAUAUUGCACACAAAAUGUGAAAGCUUUAAGGAUGUUGUAAAAUUAUGAUGGGUGUUAUAAAAUUAUGAUCUGUGUUCAUAUUAAAUGCCAUUUUGUAUUGUUACUUACCAGUAACUCAACACGUUAAAUCUGAUAGCUUACUGGAUGCAACAUUUUAUGCUGGAAUUUUAAGUCAAAAUCUGGAACUUAGUUGAAGAUGUGCUGGAGGAAGGCUCUGGAGAGAAAUUUAUGCUUGGUUUCCAGUGCUAAUUAGUGCAAGUGUAUUAGCUGUUGACUGUUCUUGCCUCACAUUUUUAGUUCCAUCAAAGUUAGUGGAACUUAUUGUGCAGUACAUACAAUAGGCUGCCAGUGUAUUUCCAUACGUUCAGAACAAGAAACCAAAGAUGAAUUUCCUCCUGUUGCCUUACUUCUGUAAGCUGAAAUUAUUUGAAAUGAACUAUUUAAAAGGAAUAGAAGAUGUUUUCCUUGUAUGGUUGUUGAAAAUAUAGUGACACUGAAAAUUCCACCAAGCAGCUAUUUCAGUUGCUAACUAAAAGUUAGUAGGCAUGUUAAUAGAAGAUCAGCUAUUGGGUGAGAAAAAUAGCUUUGAAGAUAUUUUUUUAAAAAUGCUGAUGAAAAAGUGUGAGUGGUAACAUUUUGAUGUUUUUUUACUGAUGCAUACAUGCCAAAUAUCUUGAAUAAUCGUAUGAUUUUCUCUAAAGAUAAUUUAAACUAAAUGUUUCUCAAAAAAAUCUUCAGAAUUUUGAAAAAUCAUUUCUUUAUGGCAAUGUAUCUACUAUUAAUUGCUCUUGAGUGGCCACCGAAGUUCAGGGUGAAGAUACUGUAGUAAUACUAUUGGGUUAUGUGUGUUCUAAGAUAUUAACUCAACGGUACUGAAAGAACUGCAAACAUAUUUCCAGGUUGGGUUGGUGUAUGAGGGGAAUUUUGUAAGUGGUGGUGUUCACAUGCAACUGCUGUUCUUGUCAUCAGAAGUCACAACAUUUGAAGAUGCUUUUGCAGAAGCCUUAGCAAGUUGCUCUGGUGUCAUCUUACAGCCACAUGGAAGGAAUAAAUAUUUAGUAUGGUGAAUCAUGUCCCAAUCAAGCCAGCUGCUUUGUUGUGGUUAGUGUCAAGCUUAUAGAUUGUGCUGAGCUGCAAUUUUUUUAAAAAUUUUAUUUACAGCGUGGUUACAGGCUCUUCUGGCCCAACAAGUCUGCGCUGCCCAUUUUAAACCCAAAUUAACCUACCUGUACGUUCUUGCAAUGUGGGAGGAAACCGGAGCACCCGAAGGAAACCCACGCAGACACGGGAGAAUGUAAAAACUCCUUACAGACAGCGACGGGAAUCGAACCCCGAUCGCUGGUGCUGUAAUAGUGUCGCGCUAACCGCUAUGCUACCAUGCCGCCCCAGUCUUCCAAUCUUCCAGGCAAGUGAAGAAUACUCCAUCACACUCCUAACUUGUGCCUUGUAUAUGACUUUUAGGAAAAGCUUCAGUGAGGUUAUCACAAAAUAGCCAGCCUCUAACCAGGUUCACAGCUACGGUAUUUAUAUGAAUGGUCCAGUUAAGUUUCUGGCAAAUGGUAGUCCCCAGAUCCUGGAUGGUGUAGGAUUUGAUGACAAUGCAAGAAAAUUUGGUUAGUCUGUCCUGUUUUAGGUGGUGAUUGUAAUGAAUUGGUGUGUGAUGGAUAUUAAAUUAUAGCUAUCAGUUAGGUUUUGCUGUAUGUGGGCACAGACUGUUUAAUUAUCAGAGAUGCUAUGAAUGCAACGACGCUUUUCAAUCAUCAGGCACUUCCCUCACUUCUGACCUGUUGUUGGGGUCACAGCAUUUGCUAUGUCUGUUUCCUAAUAUCACAUUCUUAAUUUGCUGUAUUUGUUUCUUAAUAAUUGAAUAGUUUUGGCUGAAGACUGGCUUCUGUAAUGGUGGGGUUCUCCAUAAAGAAGCUAAGUUGCAUCAUUUACUUGGCAUUUCUGCCUGUAAACACGUAAGCCUUUUACACUCACAUAUGGGAGUCUGGCUUCAUUGAUGAUGAGUACAUUCAUGAAACAUCUUACUCUCGUUUGUUUCACUGGCAACUUGUAUUUUGGUAAUAUGAUUUAAUAAAUCUUAUCUGAAAAUUGAUACGAGGUAAAGGCCACAGAUGAAGUAGCUCAAGAUUGGUGGGUCUGUAAGCAGUUCUGUAACAUUGUCUGGAGGCUGAGAUGAUUAACCUCCUAGUAACCACCACAACCUUCUUUUGUAUGAGAUGUGACUCCAAACAGUUGACUGUUUACUUAUCUCCCACUAAUUCCAAUCAACUUCAACUUAAGGGAUCAUUGAUGCAUUUGGUUAGGUGCUGCCUUGGAAUCAAAGACUUUCACCUUGCCUCUAGAAUCCUGCUCCAUUCCCGAUAUGGACAAAAAUGUAAUACUGAGUUCUGGAACUUACUUGUCUUGAUGGAACCCAACCUGAGCAUUGUCAAGCAAGUUAACCAAGAGUAAAUGGCACUUGGAAGCUGAUGGCGACAGUCCUAUCAGCAGGUAAUGAUUGAGAAUAGAUUCAUGGAGUUGUAUUGGUGAGGUUAUAUCUGUCUGACCUUUUGGGGUUAUGCCCUACCUGUUACAGGUUGGUAAUAUGGUUAAUUCUGAUCACUAGUCUUCAGUAAUUACAGCUGAAAUGUUUAUUUGGGUCACAGUGUUUGAUCAUUUGGUGCAGUCAAUUGUUUCUGAAUAUCAUGUGGAUCGACUCGCUUUGGUUGAGGUUGGCUCUCUGUAUUUGUGGUAUCUAUUUAGAGGUGAAUUUGGCGCAUUGCCUACAAACAUUUAUGUCAUACACUCACAUGCUGAGGUCUGGCACCAUUGAAGAUGAAUGUUUUCUUGGAGGCUCGUGCUUCCGUGAAUUGUUUAAUUGAUCACCAGCUUCUACAAAAUAUGAUUUAAUCUUUUGAAAAUUGAAAUGGAUUAAUGUAGGAAGAAAUAUUUUUCAGAAUUUUACAGGCUUCUGUUGUAAUUCCUACAGUGUAGGUGUAAUAUAAUCCUGUUUCAUUACUAGCUUGUGCAAUUUUUUGGCAAUUCUUGUUUGAAGGCCAAAUUUGGUCUCUUGAGGCAAAAACUUUUUUUAAAUAUAAAGCAACAUGCACCACAAAAGUUUGGAAGCUACUCAGUCUGAAUAGUUCCUUUCAGUUGCUUGUAUUUGAACAUUUGUGUAAGUUAGAAUAAGAGCUACGUGGUUGCAUUUUGAAAGAAUGUGCAGUUCCACUUUUUAGAACAAAUUCCUUUUGUAUUGUUGUGGUAAUAUCGGCUGGUUAGCUAGACUCUUUUCUGCACUGCUGCAAUAAUUAUGCCAUCUGGUAGUUUAGUGAAGCCAAGGGCUGCAGCAGUGCCAAAUGACAUUUUUAGCAAUGAACUUAAAUUGUACUAACUACAAAAUAACAUUUUUAGAUUUGAUAAUGUUCCACACAUCUGUCACCAUUUACCAACAAUGGAAAAUACAGCUGUAUGUCACUGGUCUUAACUGCAUUGAAUAAGUAUUUCUUUUCUUUCAUUUAAGAUGUGUCAUUCUUGCAACACUGAAACAAAAUGGUCCACCUUGCUAAGUUCUGCAGAAGUUCCACCUUUUAAAACAAAUAAUACUGGAAAAAUUACAUUUUCUACCUGUCUUUACUGAUCAAAGUAUUUUAAUGACGGCAUUUUUCUUAUCAUUAGAUGGGUUAAGCAGGGGAAGAGCAAUGUAAAUGGAUGAAGGCACAAAUAUUGAAGAAAGUUGCUCUCUUCCCAGAUGAUAUUCAGACAUCCAUUUACUUCAUGGGUGUUUCCCUUGUUGUUAGAGCUGCAUUGAUUGAACACAGAUGAAAAUUAAUGUGCAGUUCUUCUUUAUUACCCCCCCCCCCACCCUUUUUACAUUAGCAUUUACAUUUUGGACGUUUGUGUACUUAUUAAACAAAAGAAAGUCAAAAAUUCUGUUGCAUUAUUUGUUGGCUAAAUUGGGAGUUUGAUCCUUUGCCUCCCGAAAGUGUUUAAAAAGAACAGCACUUAUAUCUGAUUCAAGAAAUCGCCAUGGUAACCUUGGCAUUCAUGUUUUUCUAUAAAUAUUAGCAGUAGAUUUUGCCUGCAGCUUCAUUAAGUGUGAAUUCAGUGGAUUGCGUGGAACCAUCGGUACUAUUUGGCUGCUGAGUAAAUUGCCAACUAAAUGUAAAUGUAUUCAUUUCAUCAGUAAGGGGAAAAAUUGUGGCUUAUUUUAAAUGAGGAGUGAAGGAAGCUCUAGAAGAUUUAGAGAAUGUGUGGACACAGAUUAGUAGCGUUGACAAUCAAAGCAGUUUGUUCUAUCAUAUUAAUUGUAUGAUUUGGAGGAUAAUGCACACAAGAUCAAUAAUUUUUUAACAAGAUCUUAUUUCUGAAUUUUUUAAAUUUAAUUUGUUCCAUAACUUGAUUUAGGAUUACUACCCACGCAUAGAUUUUGCGAAUGUUUCCCUGGUUGGGUGUCUGAAGUUAGGGUACAUGGUUUCAAGCCAUUUCAGACUAAGAUGAGGAGAAUUUUCUUCGCGCAGAAGGCUGUAAUGUUUGGAAUUUUCUGCCCCAGGGGGCUGUAUGGUCAAGGCUGAGAUACAUUUUUGGACCAUAGGAGAAUUGAGGAUGACUUGGGAUCAUGUAGGAAAGUGGUGUUGAGGACAAACAAGGGAUUAGCUGUGAAAAAACAGUGGUGAAGCAGGCUCUUAAGGGGACAUAUGGCCCACUCCUAUGCCUUACGUUCAUGAAUGCUGAAGAUAAUUGUGAGACCAAACAAUGGCCAGUGUUAAGUAACAUUGUCCUGUAAUCUGCCUGUGGGUGGCUAGGUAUUUUUUUUAUUUCCGGUGUGCAGAAUUUGUGAUAAUGAGAUGGCUGCACAAAUAGAACUGAUUCUAAUCUUUUGGUAAUAACCGAAUUCAAGAAAAAAAAUCUCUCAACGGACCAGGAUGCCUGUUUAGAUUUUGUUUUCGAUUAUUUCUGUCAGCUUUCUGGGAUUAGGCAAAGUUUGGUUUUAAAGUUGUAUUAAAUCUGAGGGAGUGACUUGCCAUGUGCUUGAUUCUCUUCAAUGUUUGGUUGGAUUACUUCGAGGAUGAUACUUAGUCUAACAUUUUGUCUGUAUGUUGGUGAUUGAUUAUUUGAUUAGCACACAGAGAAAACUGAGGAAGAGAUAUUCAUUUUAGGUUAUAUUUGCAUCAAGUGAAAGAUGCUUCCCAAGUGCACUGGUUCCCUCAACCAAGUCAUUUUUAAUAUCAAUGCUAUUCUGUAAAUUUGUAAUGUUUCUGCAAGUGAAAAAAUGUAUGACAGGGUUAAAUAUACCAAUAACAUUUCAUAGGAUCUCUGAAAUUUUACUGGUAUAUUUAAUCCUGCCACAUUUAACCCUUCAAAAUGUACAUCAGCUGGAAGGAGGCCAUCGGUGGAGAGAUGUGGGACGGAAACAGUCCUUUGGCCCAAUGAGUCUCUGCCUGCCAAUUGUUCACAAUCUAAUUGGUGUGCGUGGAAGCACUUCAUGUAAUAGUAUUGAGGAUGAUACCUGAAUUCCUUUUUAGGAAGGUAUUGCUUUCUAUUUUUAUUACACUGAUUCAUCAGCCUUCUAUCAACAUUCUGCUUCCUGAUUAUUUCUCUCUAUCACAGUGAUCUGAAUUGUUGGGGGAAUGUAUUUUGAAUUUACAUUCCUAAUUUUCAUAAAUCCAUAUAAAAGAGGCCACACCUAUGUGUGGAGAUUAUAUUGUUAUGGGAAGUAUCCACUUUCAAGGAUCAGACUCUUCCCAUGCUUUUCCUCUGCCACUUGCCAUGAGGUACACGAUAUGUAAAGGCUGCAUAAUCCAAUUUUGUAAAUGUUUAAAUAAUUCAUGUGAAUGAAAUACAGUAAAUAAAACUUGAACUAUUUAACUACAUUAACAAAAAUUGUAUGGCUUAGUUAUCUUUAGUUUUGUUUAAAGUUCCUUUUCUCCUCUCUCUGCUUUUUUUUCCCCCUGUAUUAUUCAUCAUUAUUUCUGGGUAAGGAAGUAGACUGUUGGCUGACUCAGCACAUGGUUAACAAAAAUCAAACACCAUAGCAGCUGGGAGUGGGAAUUUAAUUUUGAUUUUCUUCCAGACUUCAGUGGAAAAUUGCCUAAUCCCAACCUCAUUUUGUGGCUUCCACCCACAGAAAGGCUGUGGCAGUUGGUUGAAUCAGUGUGUUGUGUUUCAUGUAGAGAUGGCAAGCCUUAGUGAAGUCUGACAGCCACGCUGGAUAAUAUUUCAGAAUAAUCAGUGAAAGGGCAGAAGGUUUGACGUAGCAGGGAGGGAUUUCUGGAAUUUAGUGCAAAGAAACUUCCUGAAUUUUAUGUAUCAUCCUUUCUAUUAGCAGUUUAAUUAGUAGUUUUAUAAUUGUUCUGGUAGGGAUAGGGGAUAGAAGGAUGUAUAUAAAUAAAAUAUCUUUUAAUGACAAAGGCACUCCUAUUGAAACAUUUAAUGAAAAUAUUUUAAUCUUUUACUUAUUCAAGGCAUUUAUUGUCCAUCCCAAAUUACCCUUGAGAAGAUGGCAAAGAGCUUCCUUGAAAUACUGCAGUCCUUCAGCUAAAAGCUAUUCCACAUUGUGGUUGGGUAGGGGUUGCAAAAAUCUGGAUGCAGUGAUGAUGGCAGAGUUCAAAAAACACUGACAUAUUUCCAAAUUGGAAUGGUGUGUGACUUGGAAGGGAAAUUGCAGUUGUUGGUGUUUCUUUGCACCUGCUGCCCUUCCCUUUCAAGGCGUUUAUGGGUUUGGAAGAUGCUAUCAAAGUAGCCUUGGUGAAUAACUGCAGUUUACAGAUCUGUGGCCCACCAGCUAUCUCUUGUAGCCUGGCCAGAAGCCUCUACCAUGGGCUUCAUGGUUACUGUAUUAAUGCUAACUCAAAUCUUUCACAGACCAAAACCUAACAGUGCAAUACAACAAAUCCCUCCACUGGUUAGCAUUCAGAAAGUCAAGUUCUGCUUUAUAGCAACUGUUGGCUGAGUAGCAGUGCACAAACCUGCACUCCACGCAUUCUUGGGAGUAGUUCCACGUCCAUUCUGAAUUAUAACUCCAUUGAUCUAGUACUUAUGCCUUUUUCCAAAGUGUCAGAAUCAAAGUGCCUUUCAGAUCCCUCUCUGGAUGUCCUGAACUGCUCUAAGGCCACUAAAAUACCUUGCUUGCCAUGUUUCUUGUAUUACAAUUUACACACACACUAAUGGAUUACCUGUGGGAUAAAUUUUGGCCAGGGCUGUGGCACUACUUAACUCAAAGGAUCCCUUGACAUAAUCUCAAUUCCAUUAGAAAGCAGAGAUUUCAUCCAACAGUACUGCACUGACUCAUUAUUUCACAAAGUCUUGGCCUGGAUUUUAGUGCUCAGAUUUAGGAUGGGGGCUUGAAUCUGCAUCCUACUGAUUCGGAGGUAAGAGUGUUAACAGCUGAGUCACAGCUCACAUACUAUGUUACCUAUUGUGAUGAAUAUCACCCUUAAUAUUAAACACUGUCACACAGCCUCCCCAGUUGUCAACUUCCACUCUGUUUUUCUACCUAUCUUGUAUUGACUCUACUAUUGACAAUGCAAUGUAAAUUAGAACUUGGUAACUGAACUCUUGUCAGUCAGAGCAGUCGUCAACCAUUUUGCUGCCUCACCAUUACACUGCUGACUAUCUGACACAUUGGGAUCUCUUAAUUCAUGCAUGAAUUUGAUGCAUAAAAACCAUGAAAAGAAGGCAGGAAGUAGAUAAUGGCAACAUUCUCUGGUUGUGCUGUCUACCAAACCCCCAGGCUUGUUGAGGGAUGUAAAACUCACUGUGAGCAAAUUAUGCUGUCAAGCACAAAUAUUCCAUCAUGACUUUCUGCAUUUUAGAUAAAGGAACUUUUAAUUGAUUUUUGGUAACUGUUAAUAAACUUGUGUUUCACAAGUCACUCUAAUUUUGACAUUUUUCAUUGGAAAUAUGUGUACUGCUAGUGUUUUUAAUCCAAUCUAAGUUGAGCUAUUUGCUGUAAAUACAUAGACUUGAGUCUAACUUCAAUAUGCCUAUUGUUGUUUUUGGAUUUUCUACUUAUUUCAGAAUGCUCCUGUUUUUAUAGUUUAUUUUUAAGGGUUUCUCUAUUUCUGUGACAUAGCUGGACAUAUUAAAGGACGGGGAGUUUUGUGCAUAUAUAAACUAUGCAGUAAUAGUCUUUUACCUACUGAUAAUGAAAAUUUAUUUACAUUUCACCACAUACUGAUAUAGAUGGACUUUCAAAGGUGCACACUGACGUUUAGAGAUAUUCACACAGAUAUUGGAACGUGUAGAUCUAUGGUUUUUGAAUUGGCUUAUAGUUUGUCAACUACAUCAGUUUAACUGUAGAUUACUUAAGGUUCCUGAAAAAGUCAAAACAUAUACAUGAAUAAUUUCAGCCAUCUCAAAAUAACUUCAGUAGGUGAAGGGGUUUAAAUAAAAGGAUGUAUUCAUUUAAUGACCAUAUUUUACUCUGAAGAUGG